GGCCGACCAAAAAAAUAUGAGGGAGCGGUUUGUGGUUUGGAAUAAAGUUUAUGGUCCCCAAAACGUACUUAACUCUACUAAAGUUUCUGUCAUUUUUGCCUCAAGGGUCUCACAACUCAGAAAGAGAGUGUUACAAUACAGGAAUUCAGAUUUCAACUCCAAACAAAUAAUUGACGAAAAGAAAAUAUCAUUCAUAAAUAGCGUGCAUGGGGCCCUGUAUGGAAAUGACGUGAACAAGAAGCAAAGCUAUUUUUGUCAACAAUACAUACUCGGUGGGACUAAUCAUCAUCAUCAUCACCCUAGUGCCACAAAGGUUCUCCCACCUACGACAGAGAAGUACUUGUGUCAUUUUUCAAUGAAAUAUUAAAGCGGGCGACUGAAGUAGACAACUAGACAAGUAUUGACCGGUGAGAGUUUACAAAGGAAAAAGAUUGGAAGAUAAGUGUGAAUGGCGCAUGUAGAGCCAGAUGACCACAAAAGAGCGAACAAAUCUGAUGGACAUAACAUACCAAAUACCAAUGUCAUGAAAACCAUUUUUAGCUCACACAUGCACGUGGUUGGCAGUACUUAACUUUGGGAUUGAUCAAGUCAUGUAAAGAUACAUGGACAAAGCAGUACACUAGAACAUUUUCAUUACUCGUACUAUCGUAUUAGGGAAAGACAAACCCAUAAUGAUCGGAGAAAUCAAUUAAAUACGGAGUAGUAAAU